CAUUCUUUUCCAGCGACCGAACGACGAAGCUAACACUCGUGCUCCGAGCGCAGCAACAUGACUGAACGCACCAGCGAGGAGCAAGCAUCGAAUUCUGCGGAACCGGGAUCGCCGGACGGAGAGGAAAAGGAAGAAUUUAAGAUCUACAUUGGUCGCGUUCCCGGGAGGUUCAAAGAAAAGACCAUCAAGAGAAUCCUCGCCGAGAAUCUCGGAACGGACGGCGGAGACGACGUCGUCGAAAUCGUGGAGCUGAUCUACGCCCACGACGAGGACGGCAGCGGAGACAACCACGACAACCAGCAAAGAACCCAGGGCCGGCCGAGCAACGAGGAGCUCCGGGAAGAGAGGCAACGCAACGAAAAGGACCCGGAAAAGGAGCACCGGGGUUUCGGCUUUGUCUCGUUCAAGACCGCGGAACUCCGGGACUCGGCGCUGAAGCUCGGGACCGUUCGGGGCGGGAGGAAGUCUACCUCCAAGAAGCUGCACACCAUGUAUCUGCGGCCGUACGUCGCGCUCUCCGACGACACGGGGGAGGCACCGCCAGACGGGGGGGACGGGGCUUCCUGCGUUCCCGUGGGCCGGGACGUUUGCUACCUGUGGAGUCUCUUCCGGUGUCCCUACGGCGACGGGUGCAAGUUCCGGCACGCCGGGGAGGGGGGCUGCAAACCCCAGGAGAGCGACCUCGGCCCCGAUGAACGCAAGCAGCUGAAGCGGAAACAAAAAGGCAAGUGCUUUGUGUACAAAAAGAAGGGCCGGUGUCCCAAGGGCGACGACUGCCCCUUCUCGCACGAUUUCGAGCCCGACGCGACCGCCGGUGGCGGGGAACGGUGCGUCCCCGUCGUUCCGCAGUCCCAGAAGGACUGCAUCAACUGGAAAACCAAGGGCAAGUGCCGCAAGGGGGACGCCUGCCCCUACAAGCACGACCCCGAGCUCCGGAAAAAGGCCCUCGAGAAGAAACAGAAACGCCAGCGGGCGGCUGCCGGUGGGAACGACGGCGGCGACGACGGGACCCAAGCGAAACGUCCCCGCAAGGAAAAACAGCCCAUCUCGGUCCGGGUCUUUGGCCUCAACUACGACACGACCGAGCACGACGUUCGGAAAUUCAUGGAAGCGACCGCGGGCCACCCCGUCAAGUCCAUUGUCUUCCCGAGGUUCGAGGACUCGGGCCGGAGCAAGGGGUACUGCGGGGUCUACUUUGCCAGCCCCAAGGCCUCGAAAGACGCAGUGGAGAAGUGCGACGGCGCCGAGUUGCACGGCAGGUGGCUGAGGGUGCAGACGGGGAAGUCCAUGACGGUCGAGCAGUGGGAGGGCCUGCACCACAAAUCGUGACCUCCAACCGUGAUCACAACCACAGACAACACCUCAUAAUCAUAACAACCACGCUUCAACAACUUUUGUUCAUCGCUAAAAUGCAUCGCAUUGGCAAAGGCUUUACCGUGGCCAAUAGUGAUGUAUCAUUUCCAACCAUUCGUAGAAUUGAAAUUCCAGACAGCAUAUUGACGUAACAGUUGUUUGAAUAGAGCUCGGUGCGAACG